CUCCAUCGUGUCUGUCACUUUCAUUUUACAGAUUCAAAUCAGAGAAUACUACCACUAAUACCUGCUAUCGCUAAUAUCUUCCUAACGAGACGUCUCUCCUCGUUAUACCUCCGACCUCCUCCCUCUGUACACUUACUCUCACCUACCACUACUACCACCACCUGAUACCUCGUUUCCCGCACAUCACAACCCCCACUUUCACACCAUGAACGGUGCUCAGUUUACAGACAAAGCCAACAAGGCCCUGCUGGACUCCAGUAGCCUGGCUGAACAAUAUUCACACUCACAGAUUCUUCCCGUUCACCUUGCAGUCUCCCUCCUGAACCCCUCUCCAGAUGAGUCCAAAGACCAACAAGCUACCGCCCAUCCCUCCCACGACACUGCCUCCGCUCCUCUCUUCCGUCAAGUCAUUGAACGCGCCCAUGGCGAUCCCCAACUUCUCGAACGCUCCCUUAUGAAGCUUCUUGUGCGCCUGCCCAGCCAAGAUCCACCUCCAGAGACCGUCAGCGUCUCGCCCGCUUUGGCCAAGGUCCUCCGUUCUGCUAGCGACCUGUCCAAGACCCAGAAGGAUAGCUAUGUCGCCAUUGACCACCUCAUCACCGCCUGCGCUCAAGACUCCCAAGUUCAGCGCGCUCUCGCAGACGCUAACAUCCCUAAUGUCAAGUUGAUCGACAGUGCCGUACAACAGAUCCGUGGCACGAAGCGAGUCGACUCCAAGACCGCAGACGCAGAGAGCGAAAAUGAGAACCUGAAGAAAUUCACCAUCGAUAUGACCUCGCUGGCUCGAGAAGGAAAGAUCGAUCCCGUUAUUGGCCGAGAGGAAGAGAUCCGACGUGUCAUCCGUAUCCUCAGUCGGCGCACGAAGAACAACCCGGUGCUCAUCGGUGAGCCUGGUGUUGGUAAGACCACCAUCGUGGAAGGCCUGGCGCGUCGGAUCGUCAAUGCCGAUGUUCCUGCCAACUUGGCCCAGUGCCGCCUGCUCUCCCUUGAUGUCGGUUCUCUCGUUGCCGGCAGCAAGUACCGUGGUGAGUUCGAGGAGCGCAUGAAGGGCGUUUUGAAGGAGAUCGAAGAAUCCAAGGACACUAUCGUCUUGUUCGUCGACGAGAUCCAUCUCCUCAUGGGUGCAGGCUCCAGUGGUGAGGGUGGCAUGGACGCUGCCAACUUGCUUAAGCCCAUGCUGGCUCGUGGUCAACUGCACUGUAUCGGUGCUACCACAUUGGGCGAAUACCGAAAGUACAUUGAGAAGGACCAGGCCUUCGAACGUCGGUUCCAGCAGGUUUUGGUCAAGGAGCCCUCGGUUCCCGAAACCAUUUCGAUUUUGCGUGGCUUGAAGGAGAAGUACGAAGUACACCACGGUGUCAACAUUCUUGAUGGCGCCAUUGUUUCUGCCGCCGAACUUGCCGCUCGUUAUCUCACAGCUCGUCGUCUUCCCGAUUCGGCUGUCGAUCUGAUCGACGAGGCGGCUGCUGCUGUUCGGGUCACCCGUGAAUCCGAGCCCGAAGCCCUUGAUAACCUUGAACGAAGACUCCGUCAACUACAGAUCGAAAUCCACGCUCUUGAGCGCGAGAAAGACGAUGCCUCUAAGGCCCGCCUGGAAGUGGCCAAGCAGGAGGCCGCUAAUGUCGCAGAAGAGCUCCGUCCCUUGCGCGAGAAGUACGAAAGCGAGAAGCAGCGCAGCAAGGCUAUCCAAGAAGCGAAGAUGAAGCUCGACUCCCUCAAGGUCAAGCGUGACGAGGCCGAGCGCUCCGGUGACACCCAAACCGCCGCCGAUUUGGAGUACUAUGCCAUUCCCGAGACCAAGCAACUCAUCGAACGACUGGAAAUCGACCGCGCCAAGGCCGACGAGGAGCGACGCACUCGCCAGGGCGAUGCGGGCGAGGCUCUGCUGGCAGAUGCCGUCGGUCCAGACCAGAUCAACGAAAUCGUGGCCCGCUGGACCGGUAUUCCCGUCACUCGUCUCAAGACCACCGAAAAGGACAAGCUGCUGAACAUGGAGAAGCAUCUUGGCAAGGUGGUCGUCGGUCAGAAGGAGGCCGUGCAAUCGGUCUCCAACGCUAUUCGCCUACAACGAUCCGGUCUGAGUAACCCUAACUCGCCGCCCAGCUUCCUCUUCUGUGGUCCCUCGGGAACGGGUAAGACGCUCCUCACCAAGGCCUUGGCGGAGUUCCUCUUCGAUGAUCCCAAGGCCAUGAUCCGGUUCGACAUGUCCGAAUACCAAGAACGGCACUCUCUGAGCCGCAUGAUUGGAGCGCCCCCCGGAUACGUCGGCCACGACGCUGGCGGCCAGCUUACCGAAAGCCUCCGUCGCCGGCCUUUCUCCAUUCUACUGUUUGAUGAAGUCGAGAAGGCUGCCAAGGAGGUCCUGACUGUCCUCCUCCAGCUCAUGGAUGACGGCCGUAUCACCGACGGACAGGGCAGAAUCGUCGACGCGAAGAACUGCAUUGUGGUGAUGACUUCCAACCUCGGAGCCGAGUUCCUCGCUCGCCCUGCCGCCAAGGACGGCCGCAUCGAACCCGCCACGCGCGAGCUAGUCAUGGGCGCCCUCCGCGACUACUUCUUGCCUGAAUUCCUGAACCGUAUCUCCAGCAUCGUCAUCUUCAACCGUCUCACCAGACGCGAAAUCCGCAAGAUCGUUGACCUCCGUCUCAGCGAGGUCCAGAAGCGCCUUACCGACAACUCGCGCAACGUGACUAUCGAAUGCACUGACGAAGUCAAGGACUAUCUCGGCGAAUCCGGUUACUCGCCUGCUUAUGGUGCUCGUCCUCUGGGUCGCAUCAUCGAGCGCGAGGUCCUCAACCGCCUCGCUGUUCUCAUCCUGCGUGGCAGCAUCCGCGAUGGCGAAGUAGCUCGCGUGGUUAUGCGCGACGGUCGCAUCGACGUCCUCCCUAACCAUGGCUUCGACAAUGACGGCGAUCAAGACAUGGUUGACAGCGAUGAGGAUGCAUUGGCUGAGAUGGAAGAUGGUAGUGGUGACAUGGACUUGUACGAGUAAGAAAAAGCUUGCUUGCAGUCGAUGAUAGACGAACGGAGCCAAAAGCGACGAAAGGGUGUUGAUACUGAUUUGAUCUACUUCCGGCUUUCUCUUUUCAUGAUUCAUGAGAUACGAUUCGUUUUCUUUUUUUUUUUUUGCUCGGGACAGUUUGUUGUCAAUAGUUUUUGUACAGGCCGGAUCGUCUUACAUGAGCAUGUCUGAGUACAUAAUAGGAUGGUUGUACAAAGCAAGGUUUACUAGGCUCAAAUA